CGAGUUAACCGAAAAAUGAGUUGCAUCAACGGUAAAGAUAGAGUCAAUGAUCAUCAAAAUAACAAAAGAUGUAAACAGAACGUGAGCGCAUCAAACAGCUAUGCAGAUUAUUUACAACUUGACAAACUAUUAGAUUCUCAGACUAUGUUAAGCAUGCAAAACGGUAGGGUUUCUUACGACGAGCAUCUCUUCAUAGUUACUCAUCAAGCUUACGAGUUGUGGUUCAAGCAGAUUUUAUUUGAAAUGGAUAUUGUUUGUAAAUUAUUGUCUGGUAAUCUUUGGAAUAACGAGCAGGAAAUGUUCAACAUUUUAAAACGUUUAGGUAGAAUUUCAUCUAUUAUCAAGUUACUGCUAGAACAUUUUGGAGUUUUGGAAACCAUGACUCCUUACGAUUUUGCCGAAUUUCGUGAUUAUCUAAAACCAGCAUCAGGAUUCCAAAGUCUUCAAUUUCGAAUGAUUGAAAAUAAAUUAGGAUUAAAAAAGGAAAACCGUGUCAAUUGUUGUAAAUCGUACACUGACUGCUUUAAUGGUAAGAAAUACGAUGAACUCGAACGGGUCUCGGCUGAACCUAGCUUAUUCUCUUUGGUUUGUCAUUGGCUUGAAUCUAUCCCUAUGUUAAAAGAUAAUAUUGUGUGGGAUCAGUAUCGAAGAGCUGCAGAUCAUUGGUUAGAAAGAUCUACUGAGUCUGACAUAUCUUGCCUGGAGAAACAACGUAAGCUUAUGGACACUGUGUUUAAAUGUGACCAGCACAAACGCUUGGUUGACCAGGGGAAUCGAAAGUUUUCUCAUAUGGCCUUAAAGGGCGCCAUAAUAGUUUAUGCAUAUAGACACGAAAAAGGAUAUACAUUGGCCAACAAAAUACUAGAAUCAUUGGUGGAUAUCGAUACGCUUUUAUCAAAAUGGAGAUAUAGUCAUUUCGUUAUGGUACACAAGAUGAUCGGAUCCUAUAGUUCUGGCACGGGUGGUACUACUGGUUCAGAAUAUUUAAGAUCUACAUUAUGUGAUUCAUAUCGAAUAUUCAUUGACUUGGUUAAUCUACCAGCACUAAUAGUACCUGCUAUGUACAUUCCGCCAUUAAUAAAAUCACAAGGUAAAUAAAAUCAAACACUAUUUUUUGAUUAAAAAUAUACAGUUUAUUAAUUUGUGAAUUAUGAUUGUAUUGUGGGUUUAAAAAUUAUAAUAUAAGAUUAGCUAGUUUUUUUUUGUCACUGCAAUACUUAGCCAAAACGUUUGUUAAUCCUUUAAAUAUUUAUAAGAUACUUACCUAAUAUUGUUCAAAAAAUAAUUAAAGCACAUGAAAAUAUUAAAUAAAUGUUUGUUUCAACAAGUAAUUAAAUAGUGUAUAUUUUUUAAAU